UGAACCGGUCGGAAUCAAGGCGUAUACAAUUUGCUAACUGUGUGCAACAAUUGCAAUUGAAAGAUAGGAAAUUGAUUCGUGAUUGUAAAACUAGAUGGAACUCAACUUUUGAGAUGUUAAGUUGUGCACUCAAGUUCAAAGAAGCUUUCAAGAUGCUAAAAGAUCGUGAUCCUUUCUAUGAGAGUUGUCCAUUGGAAGAUGAUUGGGACAAGGUUGUCAAAGUUUGCUCAAUUUUAGAGACUUUCUGGACAGCUACUCACAUUAUUUCAGGUUCUGAGUAUCCUACUUCAAAUUUGUUUCUUCAAGAAGUUCAAAAAAUCAAAUCAACAUUGGAUAGUCAUGUAGAUGAUGAAGAUGACUUUAUUAAGGAUUUGGUUAAAAGAAUGAAGAAAAAGUUUGAUAAAUAUUGGGGUGAGUGCAAUUUGUUGAUGGCUAUAGGUGCUGUUUUUGAUCCAACAAAGAAAAUGCUUGCAGUUGAAUUCUGUUUCCCUAGACUUUAUUCUGAUAAGGAAGCUAAGGAGAAUAUAGCAAAAGUGAAGGAGAUCAUCAAUACUCUUUAUGAAGAGUAUGUUGCUGAAUCAAUGAACAAAGAUAAUCCUGAAAAUCUAAGUUCUUCUAACACUUUUAGAAGCCAAGUCAGCCGCCAAAAGUCUACAUAUGCUUGGGAAGAUUUUGAGGGAUUUUGUGCCCAAGUUGAAACUUCAGGGCCUAAAAACUCUGAGUUAGUAGACUAUCUAGAAAAAGCGCGUCUUAAGACUACUGAGGUUCCAAGCAACUUUUGUUCUUUAGAUUGGUGGAAGAUGCAUAGACUGCAGUAUCCAAUAUUGUCUCGAAUGGCAGCAGAUAUUUUAGCUAUACCUGUUAGCAGUGUGGCUUCAGAAGCAACAUUUAGUGCGGACAAGGGUAAUUGA